AUGGCCAUUGAUCUUAAAAUACCCUAAUUUUGUUGGGUAUCCAAGAUCCAAACUCAUUCUCUUGAUUCUUGAACAAUUUGCAUAUGGAUUGUCACGGCACCGAAUCUAAGGCGAAAGCUGAUCAAAGUUGAAAUCACGAUUCAUAUAAUACCCUCCAUUAUUUCACCAAUGACAGCAAUACCCCUCAUCAAUGAAACACGUCAUGUUCUUAUUGGAUCCCUGGCUCUGAUGAUUGUGAGCAGAACCAUUUAAAACCAUCUUCUCCUUCUUCAAGUUCUGGGCUAAUUACGCCUUUUCACUUCACAGACGCACUGGAUCUGCAAUUGGAGAAAACCUUGCACUACCUCAGAGUUUUACACAAGCAACUAGCACAGCAUUGAAUCACAGAUGAAAGGAGGAAAUAGUUGUAGCUUUAGAGGGAGGCAUAUUUCCCUAGCUCUGGUUGCUCUUGUUCUUUUUCCCACGUUACUGUGGACGUGGGAGAGAAAUCCACUAGCCUUGACUUUAAGAUCAGCUCAAGAAUGGUACAGCAUGCCUUCAGAAUUUCCUGCGGUAGCCCCAAUUCGUUCAGGGGGAACUCCAAAGCUAGAAAACGGUGCACAAAAAUCCUUGACUCCCAUCACAGAAAAUGGAACAAAACUUCAACUUGAUAUUGAGGGUGUGGCAACGGUAGAUUCUACAGUUGCGAAAUCUCCAGUGAUUCAAUUCAAUCAAAAUGCCACACCUUCUUCCAGGAGUGAAGUUUGUAAUUAUGCCAAGGGUAACUGGGUUGGAGACAGCAGGAGACCGCUGUAUUCUGGGUUCAGCUGUAAGCAGUGGUUAUCCUCAAUGUGGUCAUGUAGAAUGACACAACGACCAGAUUUCUCAUUCGAGGGGUACCGCUGGCAACCUGAAAAUUGUGAUAUGCAAGAGUUUGAACGGUCUGCAUUCUUGAGAAAGAUGCAGGACAAAACAAUUGCAUUCAUAGGAGAUUCUUUGGGCCGACAACAAUUUCAAUCUCUGAUGUGUAUGGCCACUGGUGGAGAAGAGAGCCCAGACGUUGAAAAUGUAGGAUGGGAAUAUGGUCUUGUCAAACCACGUGGAGCUAUUCGUCCCGAUGGCUGGGCUUACAGAUUUCCAAAGACUAAUACCACCAUCUUAUAUUAUUGGUCAGCUAGCUUAUGUGAUCUGCAGCCCCUUAACAUCACAGACAAACAGUCCAACGUUGCCAUGCAUUUAGAUCGGCCCCCAGCUUUUAUGAGACAGUUCCUCCAUCGGUUUAAUGUUUUGGUUCUUAAUACAGGACACCACUGGAACCGGGGGAAGCUUAACGCAAACAGGUGGGUAAUGCAUGUUAAUGGAAAGCCAAAUGAAGACAAAAAGAUUGCAGAAAUUGCAAAUGCCAAAAACUUGACAAUCUACAGCGUAGUCAGAUGGCUUGAUUUGCAACUUGUCUCACAUCCCCGGCUCAAAGCCUUCUUUAGGACAAUAUCACCUAGGCAUUUCUUCAAUGGGGAUUGGAACACUGGUGGAAGCUGUGAUAACACUAUCCCAUUAACCAAUGGAAGUGAGGUCACACAGGAAGGAUCUAAUGAUCCAACUAUUGAAAAUGCACUAAAGGGGACAAAGAUUAAAAUACUAGAUAUAACUGCUCUUUCGCAAUUGAGGGACGAGGCUCACAUGUCGCGCUACACUAUCAGAGGAACUCUUAAUAACAGUGAUUGUUUGCAUUGGUGCUUACCUGGAAUUCCAGAUACGUGGAAUGAACUCCUUGUUGCUCAGAUAUAGGCUGUAUCACCAUUUUAUUACUUCUCCAACCCAACCACCACCCCCCCCCCCCCCACCACCACCACCUGCAGUACAUAGGCCUACAAAUGCAUUGCAGAAUGCAUUAGUAAGAUAUUUAGGUGGAUCAAAAUCUGUCAAUUCUUUGUGGUCUAUGCGACCAAUUAUUAUUUUCUGUCAAAUGUAUUUCAUUUAUUACGUUCAUGCUAAAUAGGAAUUAGGGAGAUCAUACGGUUCCGCUCUUUCUUUUUCUUUUUCUUUGCCAACAAUUAGGUGAAACUUAUAUAUGCUUUGAACGGUGUCCACAGAGAACUUCAAGAGGCAUGAGCAAAAUACUAUAUGCAUGGCCGGAGUUGGCACGGCCUUUAUUGAAAAAAUUGAAAUGAUUUUGUAACUUGUUUCGUUGUAUUUGUAUUAUAAUUGGUUGCCAUAAAGGAAAUGGUCUAC